CGAGGGUCGGGCCGUGCUGGUCCUCGGGCCUUCCCUGAGGCCUCUACUCUUUGGAGCCUAAAACCAGAGGAAAAAAUAAAAACAAUCCCUGAUUUAAUCGAAAAUAACUAGAUCGAGAAACAGGCAGAUAGGGGAGAUGGAGAGUGGAGUGAAGAGCGCUUUGAAGUCACUUAAAGAGAGAGGCCUCGGCAACUUUCUGCGUGAUCUCAAGGAAGUAGGCUUCCUGAAUGUGCUUUUGGAUGGAAAUAUCUUGCAGACCAAAAUCCACAACAUAGGGGCAACGCUUGUUGGCAUUGAUAAAUUUGGUAAUAAGUAUUAUGAGAAGUAUGGAGACACUCAAUAUGGAAGACACAGGUGGGUCGAAUAUGCAGAGAAGAAUCGCUACAAUGCAUCUCAGGUGCCACCAGAAUGGCACGGUUGGCUCCACCACAUAACUGAUCGCACAGGAGAUGAGCUUCUGAUUCUGAAACCAACUAAAUAUGGUGUUGAGCACCGGGAAAACUUAACUGGACAGGGUGAGGAUUACAUCUACCAUUCCAAAGGACAUGCCCUCAACCCUGGGCAGAGGGACUGGUCCAGGUACCAAUCCUGGCAACCUACCAAGACCCAGUAAUUUACUUUCUGUGCUGGUGCAAAUUCUCUAUUAUUACACGUCAUUUCCAUGAAUAAUACAUUUUGUACUUGUUUGAAGCAGUAGAUUUUGCACAUGUUUACCACAAAAAAGUUGUGGCCCCUACCAACUUCAUAGCUAGGCCACUUUCAAAUAUUAUGAAAUGACAUUGUCAUGUCUUCCUUAUCUUCAAUGAGGAGAAGUCAUCAACUUCCACA